AUGACGUCUCUCCAGUGUUUAUUCCAGAACCCUUCGAUGGAAAUCGGGCCGGGGCAUUCCUUCAAUUUUUUGCUCAACGUGCCCUACAAUCUGUUGAAGAAGCCCGACGUCGAGAGGAGUCCCAAGCUCUGUAUCUUGAAGCUGUUCAGAGAGAAGCAACACACAGACAGGAAAUUCUUUGACAACGGACCUGUUGAUUCUUCUAUUCCAUCAUCUGUGUCUGUUUUGCCUGAAAAUCAAUCUGCUUUGGGUUCCGAGAAGUCCCCUGUGAAUGUUGAUCUUCUAUCUUUGCCUGUGACUAAUUUUGCUGAUGAAAAAUCUGAUGCGUUGCGUGUGUCUGAUGAGAAAACAAAGUCUUCUGAUGAGCCAAAUCCACUGAGUCUGGUUGUUUAUGCUUCUGAGAAUAUUACUCUGCCUCCGUCUGAAACUGUUAAUGUCUCUAAAGAGUCUUGUCCUGCUGUUGUUCCUCCUGCCUUACCUACAACUGUUAAACCUGUUGAUUUAUCAAGUCCCCACAAGUCCGAGAAAACAGGUGGAGUUCCUGUUUACACUGCAACAUCUUUAGGAGAAAGCCUGGAACAUGUGCGACAUUUUGCUGGGUUACCAUCUGCUUCGAUCCCUCAACCUUAUCGAGUGAUACAACCUUCCGAAUCCUCCAGUGAAGAUGAUAAGAUACUGGCUGAGGUGUAUGGAUCCCAAGCACCUUCUUCUGCUGCCCCUACUGUUGAGGGAGCUGCUCAUCCUGAUUCCACAAAUUUCCGAAUUCGAGAGAUAUCAAAUAUUGUUGGGAGCUCAUCUGCAAAUGUUUCUGAGUCUAGUCACUCGGUCACUCCUGUUCAGUCCCCAUCCAGAGAAACAAGACGGACGAAAAGGAAGAAUGUUCCAACCAAGGUUGUUGUUGAAACCAGUGCUGAUAAUGUUGAUGUGGAUCAGCCCGUGAAGAAGAGAAAAUCGAGUGAGAUUGCUAAGCCUGAAGGAGACCCUCCUAUCCACCAAGUUUUCAAGACUCUACGUUCCUCUGUUAAGCAACAAGGAACCACUGCUGCUCAAGCUACUUCUGCACCAGCCCCCUCUGCCAGAAAAGGGAAACCUACUACAAGGUCAAGAGGUCGAAGUGUAACUCCGGAGGUUCCACCUAUUGAAGGAAUUGAUACUACUGUUUACAAACCUCAGUUUGUAUCACCUACUACAAAAACAAAAUGGGCCACUAUGGUCAGAAGGGAGCUGAUUGUUCAAAGAACUGUGGAUGAAAAUCAACUGAACUCCGUUUGUGAUAUUCUGCCCUUGCUGAAUGAAGUUGGUCUUUUGAAAACUGUUACAGAUGUUUGCCCUUACUCCAAGCUGCUCACAUAUGAGUUCUAUUGCAAUCUCAGUGAUGAGAUUGGCAGUCUCACAGGGCCACGACCGAUGCAAAUCUUCAUUAGAGGGAAGUGGUAUGAUUUUGGGCCAGAUGUAAUAAAUAAAUACUAUGGCUUGCCUACAAUGCAAGAAGAAGCUGUUACUGAAUGGGACGUGGUGGCCAAAACUCUUACCGGUGGACAUACUACAUCUUGGCCUACAGGAGAUAAGGACUAUUUGCUGAGCUCGCAUCUCACGUCUAGAUAUGUCAUUCUACAUCGCCUGGCUUUGCACAACUGGCUUCCAUCAGCUCAUUUCAACACAGUUGGCAAGCUUCUGGCAGGGUUCCUAUUUAGAAUUGGAAUUAAGAUGCAGUGUGAUAUGGGCAAAUGGAUUUUUUAUCAUGUUCUAACUCUGAUUCAUCCCCGAGAACAGAAGGUAAGACUACCGUUUCCAAAUCUAAUUUUUGGCAUCCUUACCUCUCAGGGUCUUAAGCCUAUGCCCAGCGAAGUGAUCAGUCCGACGCUGCUGUAUACUGUUGAUAAACGUCUUCUCUCUGGAGAUCAUAUUAAGGAUGUCGUUCCUGUGACUGCCCCAUCCAAUUCGGAACCUGAUGCUGUGAAUGAUGAGUCUCCUCAUGCUAAAGAUCAGAAGCUUUCCGAACAAUUGAAGGCGCGAGUUGCUGAUCUUGAGACGGUGCACGGCAUCAUUGCCAAGCAACUGACUGGUGCGCGCACUGAGCUAGCUACUGUUCUUCUCCGCAUGAGCUUGUCUGAUACUGCUGCUGCUGCUGAGGAUCCUGUGAAGUCUGACUGUGGCUCUCCCUCAAAUGCUUAA